UCUUGCUCACAGUGUAAUUAGUAGUGUUUAUGACCAAGACAUGUCAUAUUAUAUAAAUGGCCUUUCAUAAUCUUGUGUUUCAGUGUACAUCAGUGCAUGCUCAAGAUGUUAAAGCUAGUGCUGCUGCUUCUGACAGCGUUAGGCCUCCAGGCUGUCCCCAUCGCAGCCCCCAGAGGUCUGCAGAAGACGGCUUUAAACAACCAGAUCCCCGACAUCAGUGAGACGAACAGGAGGGGAGAUUUAAUCCACUCCCAUUUUGGAAAUGGAUUUGGAGAAAUGGAUAGACGACACUUGCUGACCAAUGAAGUUCCUGAUGAUAUUCCAGUCCUGAAGAUCGGUGGCAGUUGGAUGCGAGUGGAGGAACUCUCUUCUUCUCAACUUGCUGAUGGCAUUAGGCAGGGAGUCGAUCCCUCGUUGAAGAUUCAAGAUGGUUUUAGGCAGGGAACCGAACCCUCCAUGAAGAUCCCUGAUGGUUUUAGACAGGGAACCGAACCCUUCAUGAAGAUCCCUGAUGGUUUUAGGCAGGGAACCGAACCCUUCAUGAAGAUCCCUGAUGGUUUUAGGCAGGGAACCGAACCCUUCAUGAAGAUCCCUGAUGGUUUUAGGCAGGGAACCGAACCCUUCAUGAAGAUCCCAGAGGGUUUUAGGCAGGGAACUGAACCAAUUGCUAAAAUCCCAAAGGGCUUCAGACAGGGAACCGAGCCAUCUGUCCCAUGUAAAGGAGUCAUCAUCAGUGGAAACUGCUACGAGUUCAUCCCCACACCACUGGCCUUCCAAGACGCUCAGGUCUUAUGCAGAAAACGUGCACCAAACGCCGAGCUUGCAUCUGUACCCAGUGGUGAGCUGCAUUCUCAUUUAGUUUCCCUGGUGACCAAUGGUGGCAAGGACACCCCUGUGCUGACCUGGCUUGGAGGCACCGUCAAGGACCAGAAGGGAUCCUGGGCAGACGGGUCUGAGUGGACUUACAGCGACUGGAUGCCAGGACAUCCCAACAUUCAGAGUGACAAACCAGUCUGCGUUGAGAUGUUCAAGAUAGAUGAACGCUGGUGGACGGCCGGAGACUGUGAGCUGAAGAGAGCAUCAAUCUGCUCGUAUUCGGUCAGUGAAUCACAGUGAAUGUGAAAGGUCUGGGAAAUGGAAUCACGAGCGUGGGACUUUGCACACUGCUUUAAAUAAAUCUUAGCAUGUUA